AUGACAACAGCAGCAUCAUCUAUUCUUUCUGAACGACAAAAAGAUGAACUCCAUAAAGCCAUUUUAGAUUAUUUGGCUACAAGUGGAUUUAGUCAAGCCUUUCUUGCUUUAAAGACAGAAUCAGCCAAUGAUGACUUUAUACCUGAUCCUAAGCAAAAAUAUUCUGGUUUACUUGAAAAGAAAUGGACUUCUGUUAUCCGAUUACAAAAAAAGAUUAUGGAACUAGAAACAAAAUCAACUCAGAUGCAAGAAGAACUCAAUAAUGCUCCUACUCGCAAACAGACAAGCUCAGUAGAUUGGAUCCCAAGGGCGCCCGAAAGAUAUGCUUUAAUGGGGCAUCGUAAUCCUAUCACGCGUGUUGCUUUUCAUCCUGUGUAUCAAGUAUUAGCUUCUGCUUCAGAAGACACAACCAUCAAAAUAUGGGACUAUGAGUCUGGCGAAUAUGAAAGAACGCUUAAGGGCCAUACAAAGGCUGUUCAAGACAUCACAUUUGAUGCUAAAGGAAACCAUCUAAUCUCCUGUUCUGCCGAUUUGACAAUCAAGGUCUGGGAUACAAAUAAUGACUAUAAAUGUAUUCGAACACUCUAUGGUCAUGAUCAUAGUGUGUCUUCUGUGGCUAUUAUACCUUCUACUGAUAUUAUCGUAUCUGCAUCACGUGACAAGUCUAUUAAAUUGUGGGAAAUGUCUUCUGGUUAUUGUGUCAAGACACUUGUAGGUCAUCUUGAAUGGGUUCGUAGUAUAUCUGUAAGCGAAGAUGGUAAAUUGUUAGUGAGUAGUUCAAAUGACCAGACAGCCCGUGUAUGGGAUAUCCAAAAAGGAGAGACAAAAAUGGAUUUUAGAGGCCAUGAACAUGUUGUUGAAUGUGCCAUAUUUUUGCCUGUCAAUUCUUAUCCUUACAUUCUAGAAUGGCUCGAAGGGAACGUCAAAACAAAUAAAGAUCAAGCACUACCAGGACAAUAUGUCGUAACUGGUUCAAGAGAUAAGACAAUCAAAUUAUGGGAUACUGUAUCAGGCCAAUUAUUAAGCACUUUAGUGGGCCAUGAUAAUUGGGUAAGAGACCUUGUUGUCCAUCCUAGUGGCAAAUACCUUGUGAGUGCAUCUGAUGAUAAGACAAUGAAGAUAUGGGAUUUACGAAGUGGUCGAUGUGUAAAAACUGUUGAAGCCCAUUCCCAUUUUGUCACCUGCUUAGCCUACUGUACCACAACGCCCUUGGUGGCCACAGGCAGUGUUGAUCAAUCACUCAAAAUUUGGCAAUGCCGAUAA